GUGAACGAGCGCGUCCCUUUUCUUGUAAAAACGCAGCUAUAGAAAAUUCCGAUAGGGAAGCUGUGACUGGUGAAAUAAAAUUAAUUAAUUUUAGAAAAUGCUGCAAAAUAUAGAAUAUACUGUUCAAACAUAAAAAACUUUCAAUCUCAGUUUAUACAGUCUUAAAAACAAACUUGAAAAGAAGUGCAAAAGUUCAGUAGUCACGAAUAGCCAAGAAAAAUUUGCUUUCUAUUUUUUGCUGCCGCAGUCGGUUCGGCUUGGUUGUAUCGGUUUUCGUGUUCACUGUUGUUUUUUUUUUUUGUUACUUUUUGCGAGACUUCUAAUGGAACGUUUUGAUAAUAGAUUUAAUGUGAAUAUAGUUUAAAUCUAAAAUAUAUAAAAACGGCAGAUUAUGGCGUUGGAUGGAGCUAAAUUUAUUUGUCUGUCCGAUGCAGCAGCUGCAGACGCGACAGAAGCGACGCCGACAGAGACCACAGGGGUUGAAGCCGGCGGCAUCGGUGAUGCUUCAACAUCGGAGAAUAUAGUAAUUGAAGCAAAAGGACGCAAAUUUACUGUUGGAUACUACAUGAACUGUGAUUAUGUGCUGGAAGAUUCUCGUGCAAUCGGAGUCCAUUGCGAGAUACAGUGUGAUGCUUUCGGAAGGGUAACAAUUCACAAUAAUUCCGAAGCACAUCCAAUAAGUGUAAAUGAACAAAUUAUAACACUGAAGCGGCCUCUUUUGGACGGUAGUCGUAUUAAGAUCUUGGAUAGAACUUUUUUGUGGAAGUUUCCAAAAUCUUUAGAGGCAUCUGCAACCAAUAAGAAUAUACAAGGAGAAGAUGCUACAAGUAACGAUACAGUCUCCACACCUCAGAAAUUGAUAGCGGCACCAGAACAAGCACCAAAUUCUUGUCCCGAUCUUAAACAUCAUCGGAAAGUCGAUAAAAGAUUCACAGUACAUAACUUUGCGUACUGCAUCAACUCCGAUGAGGAGGGCAACAUAUCUUCUGAUUUGCCAAGUAUAAAUGAGUCUGAGAAAGUUGAGGAAGCUGCAACAACCCAGUUAGUUACACAAAAAGAAUCCAUUAAGAAGGACGGAAGGUUUGAAGAAAUGUCAGUGGAAGACAAAGAGAUCUUGCCAACCAGUACCAAAUUACAAGACAGUUCUGAUGGCAAAACUACAUUAGAAACUUUAAAUGCUCAACGACGUAGUAUUACACCCGAGCCACAAAAAAAUGAGCCAAUCAUUGCCAGUACCCCCUUGGUAAAAUUGGAGGAUACACCCAAAAUGAAUUUAAUAAAUUAUACACAAAAUAAACAAAACACAAGUACCGAGAAGAAACUACGUAUGCUAUCAUUUUGUCAGCAAUCUGAUGUGGUGAUUACAUCCUUUUCACCACGAGAAACCGGUAUACGUAUCGAAAAAUCGUUUACAGCAGUGAUCAAGCCAACAUCUACAAGCUCUACCACACCUAAGAGCGUUUAUAGCACUCCGAAAAGUAUGGUUUCGAAUUAUGACGACGAUGAAAGUCGUGAUUUUAUUGAUUUUUCUACACCUGCAACAUCGAAGAAAGGCGCCCGGAUACUUGUUAGAAAUUCUUCUAUGCAUUUAAUCGAUUUGACUACGCCUAGUAAAUUGGCACCCCACAGCCCGCGACAUUGCCUGAUAAAUAAAGGAAAUAAAACACUACCCAGCCAAGUCAAAUUUUCAACAACCUCAAUCACCUCUGAUAAGUUAAAAGAAGAUUCGGAACGAGUAGUGGAGGCUCAUUUAGUAUCAAAGGCUCCAACAUUGGAAACAGCACUCAAUAAAUCUGAAUCAUCCCCUCAAAGUGCUGAAUCAAUUAUUAGUGUAGAUGAAACUAGUGAUUCAUCAGCCGCUGUUAUUGAAAUAUCUGAAGAUGACUCGCCAGCACCUAGUACAUCUUCGCCAGUUCGCACAGACUUUACCACAAAGACACCACAGCGUCCGACCGGAAAGAAACCUUUCACCUCUACACCAUUGCGUACACCGCAAUCCCUAUUGAAACGUGCCAUAGUAACAAGUGCUAAAAAGCAAAUAAAUUCCUCACUGCGAGCUGCGCUCGGUAAAACAACACCAGCUCGUCAGCUAACAUCAACGCCGGCUAAUAGUAGAAAGCUUGAACCAACUGGUACUGCUGAAUCAACUCCGCCAACAUCAAAAAGCCGAAUAUCUAUUGACUCACCGGGAAGUGUAGCUGCAGCACAACGUCGAAAUAUCAGCUCUUUAACACCGCGCAGUUCAAUAGGUGCCAGUCCUAACAGGGAACAUGUAAUAACACCCUCGACAACAUCACACACACGCCUUACUCAAAAUAAAAAAGUUCCAUUUUCCGCGUCUCGUUUAAAUACGGCAAAACGUACCUCUCCACUGCGUGGAGUGCGUAAAUCCUUCGGCGGCACAACUCUCACAUCGCAUAUUUCGAAAACACGCCGAUCGGUUAUAUCACCACGUAAGCAUUCACCAACAGCUAUUGCUACGAAACUGGCAGCAAAAGCUCGAAAAUCAUUUAUACCCAACAGUCCAAACAACAGUCGAGUAGCUUCACGUGCUCGCAGCUUGGUAGCCGCAGCGAUGAGCCCCAAAAAUAGCAAUCCAAAUUCAACGACGCCUGACAUCAGCUCACCGAAGAGGGAGAAUGUUCGAACGGUAGACGAUACUACCGAAAAAGAAGUUAAGAAAGAAGCUUCUUUGGAAGAGCAAACUGAAGUUGAUGAAUUAAGUCGCACAUUCACAGUCGAUGAUUCGUUGGAAGCGGUGCAAAUUAAAACCUCAAAUCCUUCAACAUCCUGCGACUUAGACGCUUCUACAUCACAAAAGCAGGAAGUGAAUAAGACGUUUUCUCCAGAAAGACCACUGACCAGUGAAGACAAAAUUGCAUUUGACUUAGCUGUCGAUGUUGCAGAAACCAGAAUUGGAUCUCAUAAAAGUGAUCUCUCAGAAGAUUUGAAUGAAAAAAAUGACGAAAUAAUUAUCGAACACAUAUCGGAGAGUUUCGCUGAAGUCGUAGAAGCAAACGCUAAAACAGAAGAAAGUCCGAAAACUUCAACAGACAUCGUUCAGAUCGACAAACAAAAUACUAUUGAAACUCUUGAAACGUCUACAUCUCACUCAACAGAGAAGCAAGCAGAUGAUGUCAAACCUACUGCCGAAAAAAGUACGAUUGAAGUUGAUAAUCAACAGGAAUCAAAAUUGAUUGAGGAUCAGGUUAUUGAAACAUUGGACGCUUAUGAGAUAAGCGGCAAUGUUUCUGACGAACAGCAGCACAGUAUUACAGGAGGAAAAGAGAAUGUACUUACAUCACCUUCUUCAAGUGAAAAAAUUGAUAUGGAAGUCAUGCCUAAACAGUCUGCGGAGUCUCAAGGCACUGCGGAGUUGUUGGAGGAAAUUGAGUAUGUAUUGAAUAAAUCCGAUGAAUUGCAGCAACAACUAGGUAAAGAUCCACAUCCUUCAGACAUUGAAGUACGAAACGAAUUUGAAGAAAACUCCCGUGACGAAACAGAAAAUGUUACAACCAAGGAUAAUAUCAAGACUGUUGUCAAUAUUAAUGCCGAAAUUAGUCAUCAUAUAGAACAGGCCGAAGAUUCGGAAACAACUACUAAAGAUGAGCUGACAACAUCUUCCACUUCAAACUCAGUAGUAACAAAUUCAAAAGAUAAACCAGAAACACAAGAAAAUGUGAGUUCCACGGACUCAAACUUUAUAGCAACAGAGUCUGAAAUAAUCUCAACUGACAUAGAUGAUAGUUCGAAACAAACGGAGUUAUUAUCUAUUACAUCUAAAGCUUCACCAAGUGAAUCUGAUGCUUCUACCAUUGGAAGCACUUCAGUACAGAAGUCAAUGGUUUCCGAUGAAUGUGAAGCAGGAAAUGAAAAAGCAGAAAAUACAAAUAAUAUUACAAACCUAGUGAACUCAGAAUCGGAAGAAAAUCAGACUAUCAUCCAAACAGAGUUGACCGGAGCUGAUGCAGUGGAAGCAGAAACUGUUGCUGAGGCCGAGGCAACCUCUGGUGUUGUAAAAGGUAUGGUACACACAACAGUUGAAAAUGAUGUCAGCAAUGAAGAAGGUUCUGUUGAUAAAUCGAAAAUUGAUGAAAAUGACACUGCAGAAAUUCUAAAGGGUGAUAACGAUACACAAAAAAUUGUUGAUAAGAAUAAAAACAAAGAAAUUACGGUGAAUCAAACAGAACUUAUUACAACUGAGUGCAAAGAAACUGAUAGCGUCGCAACAGAAUUUAAAUGUAAAUCGGCAAUAUUAGAUUCCGAAGUGGCAGUUACAACAGUUGAAGAUGUGGAAAAAGUUGCCGAAGAAAUUAAACUAUUAUCAAAUAGCAGCAGAACGAUCACUGUUGAACCGUAUUCUAAUGUAGAGGAAGAAACAAAACCGAAAGUACAAGAUCAAAUACCUGCAAACAAUGACCGUAAUAGUGAUAGCGAGAAAGAAAAUAACGUUCGUGUUGCCGAUGCAUGCAAAAAAAUGUCUACCAACACUGCCGAUGAGACUAAAAAAACACCCUCUUUCGAGCCUAAAACUCCGAAUCUCUGUGGCAUCCGAGAUAUGUUACGCACCCCAAAGCAAACAGACUCUACGACUCCACGCUUUGUUGGUUUACGUGACCUUAUGUGCACCCCUAAGGCAUCAACUAGUGCCGCAGCUGCAGCAUCUGCUGUAGAAGCCGACACUGAAGAGUUGAUAGGUGUGCAGAAAUUGCUAAAUACGCCACGUUUGAGUAAAAUAAGAGCAGAGACUCCACAAAAUACCGCUGAACGUAGCAAAUUCACACCUAGACGCAGUACAAGACGUAGAGCUUCGGCAAAUCCUGAGCUAACACCUACACCUAAAACCACUCCAGAAACAGACAAUACACCAAGUCGCACAACCCGAAGACGUGCAUCGGCAUCUGCUGAAAUUAACUACACCCCACAGCGUAUUACUCGAAGGCGCUCAUCUUUGGCAUUAGACAACGAAGGAGCAGCAGACAAGGUAUUGACGCCAAUUAAACGUGGUGGUUCGCGUUCUAAACGCCCAGGUACAAUAGCUGAAACCCCAGUCGCUGAAGAUAUGGGUGCAAUUAUUGAAGAGGAACCUAAAGAAUGUGUGCAAGAAACCACUGAAGGCCAGCAAGACAUUGUGGAAACUCAGAAGAAUAAGGAAGACGUUAAAACUAAAAAUAGUGUGCAAGACGUUCCUGAAGUUAUAGAGGAGAGCAUUUGUGAAGAAAUUAAUAUACAGAAUCAGGAUGUUGAAGAGCAAAAAGAAAAAGUUGUGGAAGAUAAAUCAAAUAAUGAGUGUGAGAAGGCAGAAAAACUCGUAAAUGAGACCGAAGCCAUUUGUGUUACUGGGAAACUAGAUGAAGAUGUCGAUAAGAUUGAAAUUGCAACUGAAACUGAAUCUCCAUCACAACAAACACAAGUACAAGAAGCUGUUGCAGAUAUCUCAUGUAACGUUAACGAAGUUCAUAAAGAAGAACGCAUGCAAGAAAGUAAAGACUUAACUACAGAUAAAAAUGCCGAAAUACUUGAUGAAUCAGAUUAUGAAUACGGAAAAGAGGUCAUGGAACAUAGUGAAGCAACAGUUUCGACUGACGCUCAGCCGAAAACACCUAAAACUCAACGUAAAACUGUUAGAAUUGCGGAUACCGACUUAGAAAAUUCACCGAAAACACCCGUAAUGGUCGGCAUGCGUGAGCUACUAAAAACACCGAAAGAUGGCGUUGACACACCAAAGUUGGCUGGUGUACGAGAUCUGCUCCGCACACCUAAACCUACAAUUGACUCAUCAACAAACGAUAUGGUGUAUGAUGCGGAACAACCAACAGGCUUAGCCGAUUUGAUGAAUACACCUAAAGUUUCGAAAACACACUUUAAGAACGUUGAAGCAACAGAUGAAGACGAUGAGCCCUCUUCAUCAACCAAGGCUCAUUCAGACUUUAUCGGUAUGCGGGAGCUAUUGAAAACCCCAAAACACACUAGCACAUCAUAUUAUAGCGGUAUGCGCGAAAUGUUGCGCUCGCCCAAAGCAUGCAGCACACCGCAAUUGGCUGGAGUCAGGGAACUCAUGCAGACUCCCAAACGUACUAAACUAGAUGCCGAAUAUGACGAUAAAAACGAGGAACUAGAUCAAUUUUUCAAAACGCCACGUGCUAAAAACAUUAUGAUUCCAGCCGAUCCGGCGAGUGCCAUUUUGGAACCCAGUUCGGACUCAUCUGCUGAAAUUAUGAUGGCUGCAACAACAGAGUAUGAACUACAUAGUAACAGUCAACGACCUCUGGAAGAAAUCUACAAGACGCCCGUUAGUACACGUUUAACAAGUAUAGAAAUUGAAAAAGAUACAAGUUUAACUGUCGACCCAAGUGAAGUCGAAGUGAAUAUACCCGAGACACCGGCAGCUAUUUGUGAUAACCCACCGAAGGCAACAACUAGCAAACGAAAUCUCUCCGCUGAAGAGACAUUUGACGAAAUGGUGGGGAUGCGUACCACACUGGAUGACACGCCUCCACAGAAGGUCUAUGCUCGCAAACAACAAUCAAACGUUGCUGUCUCACCCUUCUCAGCAACAGAUGUGAUUUCUGAUUUACCUAAAACCGACAUACAGGAAUGGGUCGAUAAUUUAGAACAAGAGCCCGAAUCAAUUGUAGAAGAACAAGAAUUUACUGCAUCCACUUCAAUAUUGAACGCAUCAAAGGCAACACAUGAUCCAAUUGCUGCAUCGGUAUGUGAAAUAAGUGGCGUUAAUACAACCGAGGAAUUGCUGGCAGACAUGAGUGCGGUGUCUUCAAUGGUUGAUCCUUUGCAGCCAAGUGCAAGGAAACCUACUAAAUCUUCGUCAACAAAAGUCGUUGACGAAAACGAGACAUUGCGGCCGGUUACGCCUAUCAGUACCGAAAUUAGCGGCAUCAAUUUGCUUGACCAGACAAAUGAUUCAAUGUUCUCGGAACCAUUAGUGGUGAGCGAUACGGAGUCAGAUCAGUUAGAAGGAAAUGGAAAUGAUAAAGCAGAAACAGAAAGCGUCGAUGCUAAAAAAUCACAAGACGCGGAAGAAAUUCCAAUAAUGUUUGUUGAUAGUAGUGAUUCUGAGCCAGAAGAAGAUAUAAAAGCAACUGAAAAAACUGACACAAAGAAAGCUAAAGUUAAAUCUCCAAUUGAAAGUGUGAAAAUAACACAUGAGGAAGAAAUCAUUGAGUUAGAUGAUGAAUCUACCGGAAACGCGGAACUAACUACCAAACCAAGUGACAUUCAUGAGGAAUUCAGUAACUUCCAGUUACACAAAAAUGUUGCCGGUCAACAAAUGCGGGCAUCUACUCCGAAUCGAAGUUUAAUACAAUCUACAAGGGAGCGCAGGCAAAGUAUGGGCGCUGAACAAUUCAUAACAAAGGUGUCUAUUGAUUUGUCAAUUGAAAAAACUCGCUUAACUAAAGACAAAGAUCGGACUGUAAUUGACACCGUAGUAGAGGUUGCCGAAGUGUCAGUAGAUGAGGCAAAUACAGAAGACAAAGUAAUAAAAACCGAUGAAGAGCCUAUUGAAUCUUCUCCGAAUGCAACUGAAAUAAAAAGUACAAAUCCAAGUGAGGACGAACCUUCCGGAACAACUACUAAAUCAAAAGACAAUGAUUCUGAAUUUUGCAAUUUUCGUGCAAAUAAGUCAAAUUACAACCGGGGAAAGCGUGCGGCGACACCAGAUCAAGUCAAUAAAUCGCGGUCACUAAAAAUAAUACAAGGUCGUCGGCUAACCCUAGGUGCUGAGCUGCAUUUACCCAAAGUAACAAUUGAUUUUGAGGAAGAAAAAUUAAGAUUAGAGGAGUCGAAACCGGCCAUUAUCGAAGAAAACGUAGAAGCACUUGCAACUGAGGUCACAACCUUGGUGUCUAAGACUAACAAACAAGCAAAUGAAUCGAAUAAUGCAGAGAGUGUGGAAGAUGAAGAUAAAGUUAAUGUUAAACCCCAAUUGGAUAGGGCAGAAAAUGUGAGUGAAAUGGAAGCAAAUACAUUCGAAACGUCAGGAAAAGAAUUUGAAAAAGACACGGUUGGGUCUGAUAAGAAUUCAGUACCAGAUGUGGAAGCUGAAAUUUCAUUAAAGAACAAAGAUGACGUUCAAAUUAUUGGAAAUGAUGCUAAAUGCUCAGCUGAGGAAUCGGAAACUGAGACCAUGAAUACGAAAAAUGUAGAAGAGAAUAUAGUAGAUGUCAGUGAACAUGAACGUUUAGUGGACGUUGCAACUGGGACAACUGAAAAGAAAUAUAAUGUAAACAAGGCUGAAAAUGUAGACCCCGCAGCCACCGGAAGCAACUUUGACCGGGAGACAACCAAGUCUUCUGAUGAUGCACCUACUAGAACAUUGGUUGCUGAAGAGGAAAACAAAUCUAAGAAAACAACAGAAAGUUAUGUUUCAGAAAUUAUAAAUGAAGCGAAAUCAGAAUAUAUUGAAAAUCAGUUAAAAGAAGACUCUGAGGGUACCACCGAGGAAGAAAUUACCCCAGCAGACUCAACAAAAGAAGAAAAUAAAAUAUGCAACGAAAACACUGGUGCUGCAGCAACCACAAAAACCAUUACGCAAAAAACCUCGGAGACCCCUGAUGGAAAUAAAACCGAAAUAUCCAUAUCUUCAACAGUUCAUAUAGUCGAUAACCCAGAAGUACAAUUAACUGUUGGCAACGCAGAAAUAAAAUCUGAAAAACAAUAUCUAAAAGAUGCGCCUGUUAGCACAAUAGUUGAAGAAAUUGAAGCUGGAUCAUCAAAAAAUAAAGCAAAUGAAAACAGAACUGAUUCUGAAGGAGAUCAUCAAGUCCUCAAUAAUGUUAGUCUUGAAGUACCCGUGACACGUGAGGAAUCAUCUGCAGCAUAUUUAGAAGCUGAAAAUAAAAUAUCAUCUGCUGGAGAUGGAUUCAACGAGAGUGAUAUAUUUGAUUUAACCGAAGAGUUGCCAAGUGAAACUCCCACAAUUAAUACAACACAAGGCCUUAUAUUUGAUUUAAUUGAAGAGAAUGCCGAAAGUACAGCUGAAACGAACUCUGCCGAAAACCCCACGCCCUACGAACAAAAUGAGUAUGACGUGACUGAGUCCACAACAGUGUCUAUAGAUAGCAAUACUAUCAAAACUUCAGAAGCAACCGAAGCAGACGAAGAUAGCGAGAAGAUCGUUUUCAUCGAAAAUAAGAAAGAAUCUGACAGAUCCGCCGUAGUACACCAGGUAAUAGCUUUGAGUAAGGAAGUUUCAAGAGAUAACACAGAAGUUUUAUCGGACGUUUCGUGUGAAAGCGAAAUGUUCGAAAAGGAAGUAAAAACUACAGUUUUUGAAGAACUGGAAGCCUCUAUUGAUAAAAAGUCGCCUCUCGAUGCAAACACAAGUACGGAUAAUGCAGCUUUUACUUUGGCCGUUUCGACGGAAUCAGAAUUGGAUAACAACGAAAUGCCGGAAGUAACACCAAAAACUACCAAAGCUAGAGCAGGGCAAGAGGUGCCGGUCGUAAAAGCCGAUAUAAACAAUGAAGUAGAAGAACCAAAUAAUGAAACGGUCCAAUCUAACAUCACAGAUGCUGUUAAACCGCAAGUCUCAGUAACUGAACUCCACACUGAUGCAGAAAAUAUUUUGGAAGAACCAGUAACAGAGCCAACUCUUGAACCGCAAGUCUCAGUAACUGACCUCCACACUGAUGCAGAAAAUAUUUUGGAAGAACCAGUAACAGAGCCAACUAAAGUUGGAAUUGAUUCAGAAAUCCCCACAUCUACUACUCUUACUGUAGAAGAAGCUGACACCACCGAGAGUAAAGAUUCAAAUGAAGCCGAUCGAAUUGAUAUUGAUGAAUGUAUGGUACCAGAAGUGGGUGUUUCUUCUACAAAUUCACCAAUAAUGAUGGAAACUGAAUGCGCUAACAAAGAAACAAAAGAAAACAAAGUAAUUGAAGAGCUCCAACAAGAAGCAAAACAAUUUGAAAAUAUACAAACAGAAAAUGCAGAAAUAACAGAUGAAGUGAAAGGACAGACAGUAACGGCCGCUGAAAUCGUACAUGAGCCAGUACAAGCACCAGUAAAUCAAGAAAAAUCAGAAGUUAUUGGAGACAAUGAGGAACCUUCAUGUUCCAAACAAGCAGGAAAAGAAAAUAAUGAGACUGAAAUUAUAUCUCUCAUCAUAGCUCCUUCAAUAAUAUCACGUGCUGCGCAGGAUACGGUGGAAACUUUGGAUACAGUUAGCGGUAAAGUUCAAGUGAAUAAAAGUAAAUCAUUAAUUGAAGAUAAAGUUACAGAAGCACAAACUCACAUAGAUAUAGGUGAAAAAGGAAAAACAGAUGUAGCAAGUAAAAGUUCAACAACUUCCGAAAGCAGAGGAGAUGUUUCAAAGAUGUCGGUUGAAGAAACAUCAGAACUUAGCGAAAAUAUAGGGACAUUGGAAAAGGAACGAGAAACAUCCGAAGAAACACAAGGGCUUGCCAAGCGUAGAGGUCGUAAACCAUCUCGAUCCAAACCAACAACUGAAAAAAAUGUCGAUUUGGUGUCCACGACAACAAUUGCAAAGACAAUAUUAGUUGAGGAAUUUUCGGAUGACAAAAAACAUAUCCCUGUAACGAGCAAGCAUGAAGAAUCUUCCGCUGGUAUAGUGCAGACGACAGUCGAUGCAGCAGUAACAACCUCAACACGCUACAAAUCAGAACCAGAAUAUUAUACAAAAGUCAACUACGAGGUAUGCAUAUCGGAGAGCGCAGAAACGGCACUUGAUGUUAAAUCUGAUAAGCAUGUGGAGAUUGUAUUACCAGACCAAAGCGAAAAAUUGAAAGAAGAUACUAAGUACGCUGAUCAUUCGGAAAUUAUGGACAAUGUUACAGGUCAACAAUUGGCUUCAUCUAACGAACUUGAUAAAGAAAUAGAUGCUACUGAAAGUACCAGUAAAGUUGAGGAAGUGCAUGAACCAAAGCGAGAACGGCGCACUCGCAAGGGCUCCCAAUCCAGUCAAUGCUCCACACAAGAUGAAGAUCAUCUUCCGACAACAACAACCAGACGGCGGGGUGGACGUCGACGUGCUGACACACCACUUGAGCUUAUUGGAGUCUCAACCUCUGAUCCGCCAACAGUUAAGCGUCGACGUCAAGGUCAAGACAAAUUGGUCGAGGAUAUGCCACUAGAGGAAAUACAAGAGUUACCAAUUGAAGAGACCGAAAUAGUAAUUCCACAAGAAAAUGUUAUCGAAGCCGCAUCGGAAAAUAGUGGAGCAAGUAUAGAGGAACAUCAUAGUGGAGACAUUAAUAAUGACGUCAAGAAUUUAGACCACGAUCAUUUAGAGGAAGUUGUACGUUCCACUACUGGCAAAGAGCAACAUGUUGAUUCGGAAAAUGCCAUAAUAAAAAGCAGCAACAGCAGGCGCCAACAUGUGGCGAAGGCAACAGAUGACAUCGGCGACCGUGUGGUAAAGGAUUUACAACAUAGUGAUACUGAGGAAUUGUCAAGUGUGUCCGCUGCUACAAAACGUGGCAGACGCAAGCCGACACUUUCCGAAUCGAGCCAAACUUCAGUCACUUCAGAAUCUCUUGGCACAAAACGUCGAAGACGCGGAAAUAACGCAACUUCUGAUAAUUCUAAUAUUAAUGAGGCAAAGGAUGAAGCUGAAAAGAACAGUUUGCAUAAAAUUAAAGAGACAUUACAAGUCAGAGAAAAUGAUGCCACAACUGUGCCGGUGCUGCCUGCCACAGCCAAAGCCGUAAAAGCUGAAUUGUUAAGUGAAGCUGAAGUCGCCGUUGAAGGAGCCUCUGAUGUAAUUAAAACAGAAGUAGAUCAUAGUACAGGUGCGGAUUCUUCAAAACGGGCGGAAAAUAAGCGGACACGGAAGGCCAUUAAUAAGGAAUUACCCGAUGAAACAAAAGAUAUAAAGAUAGAGCAGUCUCAUGAUGAAAAAAUGGAAGAUGUGAAACAAGAACAACCCUUGAAGAAGGUUGCUGCGACAAGUCGCGCACGUGUUAAUCGACGUAAGAAAGCCGAAGUAGAUGACGACCACCAUGAAAAAACAGAAGAACCUGAUCUAGUUCACAAAGAUGAAGAACCACUGGAGACGGAAGCUCAAACCAAAAUUGAAGCGCCCAACCAAGCGGUGUUGGAGUCAACAAAUACAAAUGCCGACUCUGUAGGUGGUCGGCGGGGACGUCGAGGAGCUGCUGCCGCUGCUACCGUCGCAAUAAAUGAGGUAUCCUCAGCUCAUAAACGCAGUGCAUUGCGUGGCAAGAGCCACCAAAAUAAAUCAUAUGCAACUCGAAAAGAAGAGGAAACCGCUAAGACAGAGUCUAAGGAAGAACAAAGUGAAACUGCUACCGAUCAUGAUGAUCCGCAGACUGUUGUUGAUGAGAAAAAUCCACACAAAUCGGUACGCAGACGCCGCAUUUCUCUAAAAGAAAUGCAACCAUCGCACGCUGUUACUGCUGAAGAAGGUGAAGGUGUUGAACAAUUGGAAACAGAAGAAGUUGCAGAACCAUCGACGAAGGUUGUAACGAAGCGCUUACGCAAGCGUCGGGAGUCGCAUCACGCCGAUGAACAACCGUUUAAUAAGUCUGAAGCUCGAGACGAAACGCCAACAUCUGUACCGGCUGAAUCUCCAACCGCCACAUCAACGAAACAGCGUAGUAGACGUAAACGCAAGGAUUCGCAGCAAAACUUGAAUGAUGAAGCUGUUGGUGAUGAACCACCAAAGAAGCGGCCACUCAGUCGAAAGCGGCGCGAUUCCUCGUUGGAUAGUAGCAUUCACGAAGGAACUGGCAUUGAUAUGGACACCAAUCAUGGUGCAAAUACUUCAUCUUCCUCUACUACGCCGCAACGUCCACGACGCGCAGCUGCGGCUCAAGAUCGCAACUACGACGAGAGUUCUGAUGCUGAGGCGCAAGUCGAUCUGAAGCGUCGAAUCGAGAAAGCUUCACUACCAAAAGCCAGUAACAGCACCAGUGCAGCAACAGCUGUUUCUUCAUUGAAGCAGGGAAGUCCCAUAAGGGCUAAAACGCCUACAAAGACGAUGCUUCCUGCAGCAGUUACAGAAAUUACAGCUAAAACAACAAGCACACCUAUAUUAUCUACGGUGAUAACCACAAGUCGUGGGCGUCAACGAAAACCCACCGCGCGCGUGCAGCAGUACCUUGAAGAGGAACGCGCUAAAGCCGAGACACCGAAGAAACGUUUACUGCUCGGUUCAGCCGCAGUCGGCGAAACAUCCACAUCACAGACGGGAGUUACACCUGUACGUCGUACACGAAAGACUUCUACUGUUGAAACAGAAGGGUCUGAAACGGUCCACACAAUGGCUCGCGGUCGAACGCGCACCGCCAAAGUCUUACACGUCGCAGAAACUUCAGAAGAAUCGCGUUCGGAAGUAGAACAUACACAUUCCGAGUUGGAAACAACUCACAGCAGUAGUCAUGUGGAAGAAAAAGGGCGAACAACAAAAUCAAAGGCAACAAAACGACCUCCACGUGGUCGUGGCAAACAGCCAAUACCCACAGUACCAGCUGCUACCGUGAAAAGUGAAAUUCCCGAUGUGCUAGCAACGACAGUUGCUACUCCGACAGAAGCAACACUCUCUGGCACCGGUCGCACGGGACGCGCCGCGAAAGCAGCAGCUGCGGCAGCAUUAAUAACUGACGACCCAAUUGGUUCACAUACAAAGCCACGUGGAGGGCGCACUCGACGGGGUGCAGUCACCGUCGACGAAGAAGUACAACCAAGCGAUGCUGAAGUAAAGGAAGUACAAACGGAAGCAGUAGUUACGCUUGAAACCGAUGUUGAGCAAACAAAUAAGAAAACGAGGAAAACUGCGACCGGUGGACGAACCGCUCGAGGCGGUCGUAGUCGCAAAAAACAGCAAGACCUCGAGGAUGCCACUUUGCAACACUCGUCGUUGACAGGUGUCGAAACGAGCAGUAAUGAUGCUUCACAUCAACAACCGCAACAUCCAAUCAUCGCAGAUGCCGAUGAUGAGCACGAAGACGAUGACGAAAUGCUCACAACGGAAGCAGCAGAUCUAGAGGUGGCUACAUCCCUUGCGAGUGCAAAGUUAACAGGUAAAAAACGUACAACAGCCAGUCGUAAAGUGGCAGCUGCCACGGCCAGCGCUGCAGAGUCUCCAGUACCCAAGCGUGGACGACGUCGUGCCGUUGCCGCUAACACUGAAGAAAGUGAUGCCGCCUCACAAUUGGAUACACGAGCCGAAAGUGCCGCCAGUAGUCGGAGCCGCAAAGUAGUUCGUUUUGACGCGGCUACGCCAUCAAGUGUGGCCAGCGCUACGAUGUCGGUGGAUACAGCUGCUGAAGAAGAGACCACAUCAGCACCAGCUGCGCCAGCCAAACGUGCCACACGCUCACGCCGGAAGUGAAUGGCAGUGGCAGAACAAUAAAAAACAAACAUAUAGAAUUAGCAAUGUUUAGUAACUGCGCUUAUUAACACUUGUUUUAAGCAUUUACAAUUGUUUCCAUUCUCAUUGACUAACGGUACAAUCUUUAAAUUUCUAAACAAAUAAUGCAUAUGCUUUGGUGUAGUUUAUACUGUACACUAUUGGAUAGCGCAGCAGCAUCUAGCACUACAAUCCAUACUUUCGAGGUUUUUGUCAUCAAUCAAUUAAUACUAAAACUUCGAUUGCAUUAUUAUUUUUAAAUUUUUCUAAACUAUAGAUUUCUUAACUUUUUGUAUUGUUUAUACGUUCUAUUUAGAUUUCCUUUCACACUUCUUUUUGUAUUCCAAUUAAAAUUAACAAGAAUUGAAAAAGACAAAAUUAAUAAUUAUAAUGAAAUGCAUAUUUGUUUUGCCGUCGGCAUUUAGCGUAGUAGAUAUACAUAUAUACACAUAUUCUGCCGUAAAUACAAACUAUGAUUAAUACCAACAAAAUAUAUUGUACUUUUAUGUCUAAAAAACAUCAUAAAAAACGAAAACAAAUAAAAAAUAAUCGUAUAACAAUUUUAUAAAACAUA